UUGCUCGUUCCAGGAAGUAAUAAAACACCAUAGUUGCGAGCCUCCCAAAAGGUGGCGCAUAUGCCCAUUCUGGGCAUAUAUCCCACAUAUUCUAUGCCCGCCGUACCGGUACGGUAGCGCUCGCGCUACAGUCGCGUAUCUCUCUCCAUCGAGCAAAAGGGCUCCAUUCUCACUCUCUCCCUGGAGGGCUGGAGGAGCGAUCUAUCUACAAAGAGCUCGGGGUCAUGAAAUUCGCGAAGAUCACACUCGGCUGGAACUAUGUGAGUUUGUAGACAGGACGAAUCGAGGAGUAGCUAGGGUAUCAGUUUUCCAGAGAGUGGAAGGUGAAAGACUCCAUCCUUGGAGAUGAAGAGGGCAGGCUCGGAUGGGUGUAGCCAGGAGGAAUUGGAAUCGGUGGAGGUGGUCUCCAUGGAUUUGGAGCCGGGUUCCAGCGACCAACUUGGCCACGAUCACCACCACCACCACCAUCAAGUCUAUCACCACCACCAAGCUUCUCACUCCCACGUCUUUCAUGGCGGAGGAAACCCGCAAGGAGAGAAUGCGGGAGACGUUCUUCCUCUCGUGAGAAGCCCCGAGAAGCGGAAGAUCUCUAGUGCUAGCAGCAGCUCUGGACAGGAUCGAGGGACUUGCAGCCGGUGUAGCGCGCAGCUCUACCAGGACGAGGACGAACAAGUAGAAGAAGAGGCUGUGGAAGAACAGGAUAGAGGACGGAGAGUCCACAAGCGCGAGCGAGUGGAGCUCGGCCGGAGCUUCCAGCAGGCGGUGAGCGCUCACAGCUGGGAUCUGGCCGAGAGUUACAUCCAGCGCGCCGACACGCAGCGGCUCAACGAUGGGCUUUGCAUCGCGCUCGACUCGGUGUGGUUUCUAAGCACGCAGGAGGAGCUCUCGGGGGCUACUCGGCUGAUCGAGAAGAUCAUCCGGGCCGGCGCGAAUGACUACACUCGGGCAACUUUGAGAACGUCGUUCCUGGCCUCGUGCGUCUCGGCGUGUAGGAGCCGGACGAUGAGCUUGGCCGACACGGUAACAGUCAUGGCACAAAGAUUGCGAGACCGGCUCCAGGAGUGUAAUGGUGACGAAGAACUCAAGGCCGAGGCGGCGGCCAAGGUCCAGAGAUUCACCGAGUGGGCGCUGCGAUGCAUCGGCUCGCACUCGCGGGGCAAAGCCACGCAGGGUGACGAGUACAACAAGAUCAUCCAGAACUCGAUGCACGAGUCGCGGCUCCAGCUCAUGGCGUUCAAGCACUUCCUGGGCCUCGCGGGUGGCAACCUGAGCGGCAAGGACUACACCGAGGCGUUCGACGCGGCGUGCUUCCCACUGACGCUCUUCUCCAGCGCCAUCGAUCCGGGCUGGGCCACCGGCAUCGCCGCCAGCGCCAUGCAAGGACUGCUGGGGCUGCUGCUCGAGGGUGGCGCCGAUAACGUCAACCAGUGUUUCCUCGAGGCUGCCCGGUUUGGGAGCACGGAGCUCGUGAGAAUCCUCCUCCAGAUAGCCCAGCGAAAUAGCGUGGAGCUGGACGUGGACUUGGCCCUGGGAUUCGCCUCGCACUACUGCAAGCUCGGAACCAUGGAGUGCCUCGUCCACGAAGGCAGCGCCACCUCCUUCCUCGGCCCCUUGAUGCGAGCCGCGGAGCGAGGAUCCCUCGAGGUGGUAGAAUGGUUCGUCACCCGCGGCUGCAAAGACAUGGAGCUCUGCCUCGCUCUCACGGCCGCCGCCUCCAGCAGCCGGAUCGACGCCGCGGCAUACCUCCUCGACCACGUCCCAGCCCACGUCCUCGACACUCUGAGCGGGGAGAUCCUCAAGGCCGCCGGAGAACGCAGCGCGGGAUCGCUCAAGGGCAUCGCGUUUCUCCUCCACGCCGAUUUCCUGGGAAAUCCCGACGAGACGUACCGCGUGGCCGACGCCAUCGCCACCGCCGCCGAGGAGGAGGGGGUGACGCUCGAGCUGCGGGAUUUCCUGGCCGAGGAGUGGUCGCUUGCAGCAUUUGCCGCGGGGCGGCAAAUCGGGGCCCGGCACCACGUUAACUUUAUGCGCGCGCUCAAGCGUGGGUCGUCGCCGCUCAGCCUCCAGGACUUGCCGCUCCAGCUCCAGGCGACGGUGGCGUAUUUGCCGCUCUACAAGGAGUGUGUGUCGAGCGCCGGGGUGUUGCUGUCGCAGAGACUGCGGGGGCAGCUUGUGGAGGCUGUGAGUCGGCUCAAGGUGGCGGUGAGUGGUGGCGGUGGCGGUGGCGGUCUGGAAGGGGAGGAGGAGGUGGCGAAGUGGAGCAAAAGAGCACUGAUUAGAGCGCUUGAGAGGAGGCUGCCACCGGCAUUCGUACGGAGAUGAUUCGGAGCUUGAGCUUGACAUGUAUUACUUAUUCUUUUUACAUGAGGAUGCAGAUUACCUCGUAGAAACUAGCGAAUCCAUAUAGCAUUACUCAUUUUCUUAGCAUUUUCAAUAGUUUGGGAAUUAAACUUAUGAUAGUUAUCCACAAGAUCCUGAGGGAAGCUUACCUGGGAAGCCUGACCCAUGCCUCGGUCUUCACAAUAUCAGGGAAAUCUCACCCGUCA